ACCUGCGCUGGAGCUUCUCCUUCCGGGGGGAUGCUCAGCCCCGCGGGAAAACGCAGAAAAAGGCUCUUGCCGCUUUAAGUGACUCAGGAAGUGAAAGGAGGCCGCUGACGGUGAGGGGCAAGUGGAACCGGGGCGGCGCGGGCCCGCGGCGGCCGCGAUCUUGUCUGGCCACGGAGGCUGAGCUGCGCGGCGGGCGCGGGGGCCGACGGGGCGCGGGCAGCCGAGCCGGAAGUGGCGCGUGAGGGACGAGGCGCAGCGCGGCGCGCAGCGGAGAGAGGCCGAGUGGGCGGCAGGCCCAGCGCUGUCGGCUGGCCGGGCCCAAGGCCUCAGCGGUGCAGACGCGGCGCGGCCCAGCGGGGCGGGCGGGCGGUCCCCGGGGAGCAGGCGGGCGUGCGUGCGGUGGCCCCGCGCGGUGCAGGCGGAGAGCACGUCAGCCGCUAGGCCUCGGCCGCGGCCCUGCAGCCACAUGGCCUCCGGAGUGGGCGCGGCCUGCGAGGAGCUGCCUCCCGAUGGCACGUGUGACGAGUGCGAGCCCGACGAGGCUCCCGGGGCCGAGGAGGUGUGCCGCGACUGCGGCUUCUGCUACUGCCGCCGCCACGCCGACGCGCACCGCCAGAAGUUCCUCAGCCACCGCCUGGCCGAGUACGUCCAUGGCGCCCAGGCUUGGACCCCGCCUGCCCGCGAGGACGACGAGGCCCCCGAAGACGUCGAGGCCAAAGGGGAGCCCGAGGGAGAGGUAGAGAGCGAGGUGGGGGAAGAAGAGAGCGAGUUGGAGGAGGACAGUGAGUCGGAAGAGGAGAGCGAGACGGAGGAAGACAGUGAGGAUGAGAGCGAGGAGGAGAGUGAGGAAGAAGAAGACAGCGAGGAAGAGAUGGAGGAUGAGCAGGAAAGCGAGGCGGAGGAAGACAACCAAGAAGGAGAGUCCGAGGCAGAGGGAGAAACUGAGGCAGAAAGCGAAUUUGACCCCGAAAUAGAGAUGGAAGCGGAGAGAGUGGCCAAGAGGAAGUGUCCGGACCAUGGGCUGGAUUUGAGCACCUAUUGCCAGGAAGACAGGCAGCUCAUCUGUGUCCUGUGUCCUGUCAUUGGGGCUCACCGGGGCCACCAGCUGUCCACACUCGAUGAGGCCUUCGAAGAACUGAGAAGCAAAGAUUCGGGUGGACUGAAGGCGGCUAUGAUAGAGUUGGUGGAAAGGUUAAAGUUCAAGAGCUCAGAUCCUAAAGUAACUCGAGACCAGAUGAAGGUAUUUAUACAGCAGGAAUUUAAGAAAGUUCAGAAAGUGAUUGCUGAUGAGGAGCAGAAGGCCCUUCAUUUAGUGGACAUCCAAGAAGCAAUGGCCACAGCUCAUGUGACUGAGAUACUGGCGGACAUCCAAUCUCACAUGGAUAGGUUGAUGACUCAGAUGGCCCAGGCCAAGGAACAACUUGAUACCUCUAAUGAAUCAGCUGAGCCAAAGGCAGAGGGUGACGAAGAAGGACCCAGUGGUGCCAGUGAAGAAGAGGACACAUGAAGAUGAACCUUUCCUCGUGGAAAACACCCCUUCCCUGUGUGUAUGUGACAGCGUGUAUGUAAUGGCUUCUGAUAUCUGUGAAAGCUGCCUGGCAACAAACUUCUUCCACUGGAUAUGUCCCCAGAUCCACAGCAGGCACACAUGUCGCCAAGAGACAACAAGUUUUAUGAGUACUGACUGUGUGCUUCUUGUUCUCUUGUGGUAGGUCAUGGGAAGAGCCCCUUUGAUCAACUUGGAGGCUCUUCAGGCAACUCCCCAAAGGCUGCUUUUGAACUUACUUACUCAGGAAAGCCAGCCCCUGGAAUAUUGUGCAAGUCAACAGUAUCACUUUCUUAGGAAGGUUCUAGAAUAUCUUGAAAGGAAAUAAGUUUUUUCCUUACCUGCAAACAGAAAACCCACUUGGUUUGUACUGAAGCUUACAGCAAAUGAGGCCAAGCAGGGCCGCACUGGCUCCUUAGACAGUCUCUCACAGUCCAGUCCUGCCUUUGUGAAAGGCAUUAGAGCAACUGGAUGGAACAUGGGGUUGAAAAAAGAGUCCAGAGCUAGAAAGAAGAUAUUUUUAGUAUAUGGUAUUAUCUAGGACUUGAGAUUCAUAAUUCAGUGCUGAGAAAAUGGGAAAAGUGAUUGAAGAGGUAGAAAGGAAAUGACUUUAAGGAAAAGAACAAAGAAAUCUGAUUAAAAGUUGAAAUCAGUGUUUCAGAAUUCAGAUUGCCCAGAUUUUCCAAAUUGUCACUAAAGUGUCUGAUAGAACCUGAAUUCUUGGGCUAGCUGUAUGGACUACUAUGUCUGUCACAGCAUAGAAGACUAGCAUGUAUAUCACCAGGUGGGAAUUGUCACUGUAAAAUUUACCAGUUCCACCCCCAGGUUAGCCUAAGGUGGCUUCAGUGCACUGUGAUGAGAAUCCAUGCCACUCGCUGGCUGGCUGGAUUCAGAUCCAUCUGCCAGCAAACAUUCCCUCUCUUUCCUACAGUUGGAAUCCUCCUUCUCUCUGCAGCAGGCCUUCAGUUCACCUCCCACACCCCAGCUCUCCCCUCCCAUGUAGCAUGAGCAGGCAUGCCCCAGAGCUGCAUUUCUUGGCCUUCUCCAAUUUCCAGGUCACAGUUCUUACAACCACACUUUUCAGGGUCAAGGAAGCAGUGGUGUAUUGGGAGAUACCCAACUGCAAGCUCACACACACACACACACACACACACACACACACACACAUCUCGAGACAUGAGUUUUUCUUACCAAAUGAUUUAAAGCCAGGGGAUAACAUUGUGUUGUAAUAGAACAAACAGUUGUUAGAGAAGAGACUGUUCAUACUCUUACACUGUAGAGAUAAGGUAGGAGACUUGGAAGGUAAUGCUCAUUUGCAGGUGGGCAGUGUGUUCUCUCCCUCUGCUUGUGUGGUAUUUCCAUGUUAACACUGAGAUUCUGUUUGAACUGUAUUCAGGCAAACUUGCAGUUGCUGUUGACCAAGCUCUAGACUUUCAGUGUCUCUGAGGUAGAUCCAAGGAGUCUGCCUUGGGAGAAAUCCCCCUUUUCUUGCCUGCCUGCUUGCCUGCCUAUAGCCUGUAUACUUAUCACAAAGCUUUAGGGGCUAAUGUGUGUACAGGAUAGUUCUGAGGCAGAAUCAGCACAUGCUUACUGUAGGGUCCUAUUUAUAUCAUUGUUCAAUCCUGUGCAUGCUAUAAAAUGAUUUAUUCCUUUGAGGCCAGGAAACUGCUAAGCCUGUAUGCUCUAGGUUAGGAUUACCCUAGCUUACUACACAUAUAAGGGUGUCGGGAGGGAGGAGUUUAAAAUUAAUAUAUAUAUUCAUUCACAAACUGGUGGCUAGUAGACAACUUAGACAAUUUUGAUCCUUUACCAUCUGUCUGCAAAGACUGGAGAAUUUAAUACACCCUGAGUUAACAACCUCCAGUAAUAUCCUGUUUUAAAAAUUCUUUACAAAGGACCAAAACUACUCUAGAAAAAAAUGUAGAAAAUCAUAAGAUUGAAAAUACUUCAGAUUUUGGAAGCUUGUGUUGUCUUUCCCCAGUAAUCAUUGUUUGAUCUUUACAUGUUGACCUUGUAUUACCAAUGGACAGAUCAUUGGCUUUUCACACCUAAUCAUGCUAUUAUUAUAUCAGGAUUUGGGAAAUCCAAGCAUUUAUGUAGUGGUUAUAAACAGAACUAUAAAAAUAUUUGCCAACUUGUC